CCUCCCUCUGCCAAUUGGCUCAAUUCACCCACGCUGAAAAUUUGAAAUCGGUGUUUUCGCCCCGAGUGGAGAUUCCACUGUUGUCACUCGAUCUGUCGACAGAAGCGGAGCAGAAGUGGAGUCUUUGCGAAAUUGCAGAAAGUGUCCGCGAUGUCCGGAGCGGUAGAUGACGGCGCCCAACUGCAGUGUUGUGUGACAACCGAGCACCUGAACGCAUCAGGACAAACCACCCGCAGGCAGGUCAUCCGCAAAGCGACUGUUAUUCUGGGCCGGAAUGAGUUCCAGGAGCUCAUCCUCCGUAUCUGCGAUGGAAAAGUCUCGCUAAAUUAUCCCCUCAGUGACUUCAAACUUUUCACCAAAUUCACCCGCGAUGGGAAGUGCACGGUCAAACUGCUCCCCGGGAACAUCCAGGUGUUCAUCUCCAACUGCCCCCCCGACCAGCUCGGCCUCUUCCUAAGAACUCUGAGCAUCAAACACCAAGCCAGGAUGGGGAGCAGAGCCCUGAGCGGCCGGGAGAAACUCAAAGCCGGAUUGCCCCGCAGCUUUGAGGCCAUCAGCCCCCUGCAGCAAAAAGACCUUCAGAAGGUCAACAAGCUGAGAAGUAAGGCUCCUCCCAAAGGCCUUUCAGACCGCACCAACAUGAGCGCAGGAAGUGGACAGCAGGUCAAAAGAUCAAGGAGUGAAUGUAACUUCAGCCCGGUGAAAGCCAACCCCAGCAAGAAGCCCAUCCUGUCUUUACCGUCCCGCAAGCUGAACAAAGGACAGGCUGCGGUCCUCAGCGCUGUGCUGGGUGGAAAGAACGUUUUCUUCACAGGCAGCGCAGGUACCGGGAAGUCCUUUUUACUGAAGAGAAUCAUCGGGUCGCUCCCUCCCAAGAGCACCUUUGCCACUGCCAGCACGGGAGUGGCUGCAUGUCACAUCGGAGGAACAACGCUACACAACUUUGCAGGUAUUGGCUCUGGCUCCGCCCCUCUGGAGCAGUGUAUCGAACUGGCCCAGAGGCCCGGGGUCCUGCAGCACUGGACCAGCUGUCGACACCUCGUCAUUGAUGAGGUCUCCAUGGUUGACGCGACGUUCUUUGACAAGCUGGAGUGCGUGGCCAGGUCCGUGAGGAGGUCCACCGAGCCGUUCGGGGGCAUCCAGUUGAUUAUUUGUGGGGAUUUCCUUCAGUUGCCUCCAGUUUCGAAAGGGAAGGAAAAGGCCAAGUUUUGCUUCCAGGCCAGAUGUUGGCGUAAAGUCAUCCAGGUCAACAUGGAGCUAACUGAGGUGCGGCGACAAACAGAUCAGUCCUUCAUCUCCCUCCUGCAGGCGGUGAGGGUGGGAAGGGCGACCGAGGAGGUCACCAGCAGACUGAUGGAGAGCGCCUACCGUCAGGUGGACAGGGACGGUAUCGUAGCAACCAGACUGUGCACACACAAAGACGACGUGGAGCUCACCAACGACAACAAGCUGCAGCAGCUGGCAGGCACGGCGCGACUGUUCGAGGCCGUGGACAGCGACCCGGCCUUGGUGAGGAUGAUGGACGCUCACAGCCCCGUCAGCAGACUGCUUCAUCUCAAAGUGGGAGCGCAGGUCAUGCUGACAAAGAACCUGGAAGUCACUCGGGGUCUGGUGAACGGCGCCCGAGGGGUCGUGGUGGCUUUUGAGCCGGGAAAACACGGACUCCCACGUGUGCGCUUUAUGUGUGGCGUCACCGAAACAUUGAAGCCUGAACGCUGGGUGUUCAAGUCCGCGGGCGGAACACACCUGUGCCGACUGCAGCUGCCACUCAAACUGGCCUGGGCCGUCUCCAUCCACAAGAGUCAGGGGAUGACCUUAGACUGUGUGGAGAUCUCCCUGGCCCGUGUCUUUGAGAGCGGCCAGGCCUACGUGGCCUUGUCGCGGGCUCGGAGCUUGGAGGGUCUGAGGGUUAUGGACUUUGACCCGCGUGUGGUGCGGGCGGACCCCGAGGUGCUUCUCUUCUACAAGAAGUUGAGGAAAGAGAGGCUGCUCCUGCAGACUGCCAUGGAGGAUUAUGUCGACAGUGGCAACAGAGAGAAUCUUCGGUGAGAACGUUUCUGCAGGUUCCAACUUUAUUGCACUUGCUACAAGGUGGGAAACAUCCACCAUCUUGUGGCCUUUUAUUGCCAUCCAAAAUGUAGUCAUACUGCCAUCAUGUGUUCGAUAGUGUCUUUUUUAAAUAAAGAUUUUUAAUGUCAUGUG